ACAGGAUUUAAUAACAUAAAAUGGCAGCUAAGUUUCUAGUAUUCCUGUGCGCGGUGGCGACCGCCCGCGCUGGUGGCUUAUACGGCGCCUCAUACGCCGCAGCCCCAGUGGCCACUUACGCUGCAGCACCCGUUGCCACAUACUCGGGAGGCCACUACGCUGCACCCGCAUACUCGGCAUAUGCCGCUCCUUCCUACGCAUCCUAUGCCGCUCCUUCCUACUCUUCUUACGCCGUGCCCGCUGUGCAAUCUUACGCCGCACCAGCCAUCGCCUCUUACGCCGCAGCACCCGUAGCCUACUCCGCACCCAUCGUUAAGGCUGUCGCACCCGCAGUGUCCUCAGUAUCAUCGUACUCCACCCACACAUCUCACGGCACACCCGUGGUAACUAAAGCCAUUGCCCCCGUCGCAACUUACGCAGCAGCACCCAUCAUCAAGAGCUACGCUGCACCCGCGAUCUCUACCUACGCCGCUGCCCCAGCUUACUCUACGUAUGCUGCUCCUGCCUACUCGACCUACGCCGCAGCCGCUCCAGUAGUCAAGAGCUACGCUGCACCCGCCGUGUCGUACUCAGCUCCCCUGACUUAUGCUUCCCACGCUGCCCCAGUUGCCACUUACUCAGCUGCACCCGCGGUCGCAUACGGCUCAUACGGCGGCUACGGCUCAUACGGUUCAUACGGAGGCUACGGUCACGGCUGGUAAUCACCCAACCAAUGUGUACAAAUCUAGGUGUAGAUAUAGUAAUGUGUAUAUAUUUAUUUUUAU